CCGUAACUUACAAUAAGGAUGACGUGGACAUCAUCCCAGAGACGACAACGACGGCUGCUGGCAAGACUGCAGCUGUUUUGACCACGCUUCGAUCACUGACCACCGUCCCUCAGGCGGUGGAGACAACUAUGGCGGGUCGUAGUCGAGAGCUGACAGGUGACAAACAAGAUGAAGGAUUCGACCAAGACGAAGAGAUAGCCAAAAAAGCCCCUGGAGGGGAGACCGAACGGGCGGCUGCGGUGGCGCGAAAACUGCACGAAAUAGGUGAAAAACAAUCAGGCUUUAUCCACUCCUCUACAGCCACUGAUGCCGGUUCACCGCUUUUGCCGACAUCCGCGGGGAACCUGAUGGCAACCAUCGCGCCGGCAACGCCGACGUCAGAAGCGGAAGAUGCAGAGCAGGUUACCGAGUUCGACUGGGUGCCAUCGGAUCAGCGCCGCCACACCAUGUACCCGCCCGAGUGUCCGGCCUGCACCGGCAACUGUCCCUGUCCGCCAUUCAAGCGCAAACGCAAGCACGCGGUCUGA